UCGCGACGCAGUCGUGGCUCGCGCACGCGUCACCGCGCGUUCACUCGCUACGAAACUUCUCGCGAGUUCAACCGAACCUCACUUCCUCUCUCGUGAAAACAAACAGUGAAUUGAAGUGUGUGUCAGUUAACUCAGACGGAGGUGCUUUGACAAGUUGCCUAAGAAAGUUGGUCGGAAGAAAAGUCGUUCCGAAGUUCCUUAACUAAGGCCCCACCAGAAAGAUGCCACUGGCCGCCAACCAAGCUCAUUUAUCACGUCGAUAGCCGAGACCGCAGCGAUGCUCCGGGUGCGGUGGCUGGUGACCACGGGGGCGCAGGCGGGGGGCGCGGGGGGCGCGGGGGGCAACCUCACCGACAGCGCCCCCUGGGCCAACCGGACCGGCGACCUGAACCGGACCAGGGAGCAGAUGUUGUUCGGGGACGACGACUACAUCUUCGACCGGACGGAUGUGAGGGCCGUGUUCAUCACGCUGUAUACUCUGGUCUUCUGCUGCUGUUUCUUUGGCAACCUGCUGGUGAUCCUGGUGGUGACGCUGUCCCGGCGGCUCCGCUCCAUCACCAACUUCUUCCUGGCCAACCUGGCGGUCGCCGACCUCUGCGUCGGCGUCUUCUGCGUCUUCCAGAACCUCACCAUCUACCUCAUACCCAGCUGGGUGUUCGGCGACUUCCUGUGCAAGAUGUAUCAGUUCGUACACUCGCUGAGCUACACCGCUUCCAUCUUCAUCCUCGUAGUGAUCUGUUCGGAACGGUACUUCGCGAUCAUACAUCCGAUCACGUGCAAACAGAUACUUACUUCCACGCGGCUUCGGCUGGUGAUCGUGGGCGUGUGGAUCACGAGCGCGGCGUACAGCGCGCCCAAGUUCAUCUGGGUGGAGACCAUCACCAACAACCUGGGCGGCGGCCGCGUGGAGACCAUCUGCAUCCAGCACCGCAUGAAGUACAACUCCGAGAUCUUCGACAUGGUCAACUUCGGCCUGCUGUACGUCGCGCCGCUCUGUGUCAUGACGGUCCUGUACACCCGCAUAGCGAUUGGCCUGUGGCAGAGUUCCCGGGGGCUGCAGCACAUGGGCCGGCCGCAGUGCUGCGGGCGCCCGCGCGUCGACAAGCUCACUGAUAAAAACGCACCCUUCGAACCACAGAGAACAUUCAUUGGCACCACCGAAGCUAAGAAGGCAGCCAGCAGCAACGGGUCGUCGGACGGCAAGAAGCUGUGCCGCUCGUGCUCGCAGGCGCACUGCGCGGCGGCGGCGGCGGCGGCGCGGCGGCCCUGCGCGCAGCUCGGCCACCUGUCGCGCUCCGUGCUGCGCGCGCGCCGCGGCGUCGUGCGCAUGCUCAUCGUCGUCGUGCUCACCUUCGCCGUGUGCAACCUGCCCUUCCACGCGCGCAAGAUGUGGCAGUACUGGUCCAGCGGCUACCAGGGCACCAGCGACUUCAGCGCGCUGCUCACGCCGCUCACCUUCCUCAUCACGUACUUCAACUCGGGCAUCAACCCGCUGUUGUACGCGUUCCUGUCCAAGAACUUCCGCAAGGGCAUGAGGGAGCUUCUGUUCUGCGCGUGCCACGGGCGCCGCAAGUCGGACAAGCUGAUCGUGAUGAACCCGGUGGGCGGCGCGCUGCGGCGGAGCUCGACUCGCUCCACGCGCGCCAACUGCAGCACGGUCACGGUGGCGCCCAACGGGGACUUAUGAGAGCUGCGCCGGCGCCGCUUCCUGUACAAGGUGGAGAGCGUGGACGUGUCCUGAUGGACGGAGAGCACGGACGAGGCGACGGACAGCAGCGGCCUGUACACCAUCUCCCGCCGGGACAUGUACGACUGAGCGUCCCGCCGCGACCCGUGCUCACUGCCACCACCAGACAAUAUGAAGAGCUUGAUAAUCGUUGUGAUUCAGACUAUUAUAAAGUGCAUAUUUAAAAAACAAUUGGUUAACUGAAAAGUGUACAUGUGAAAUAUUGUGAAACUUUACAUUAAAUUGGUGGUAUGUUAUGGUUAUGAACAUAUCUUAAAACUUGUAAAUACAUACAUGUAAAUAUAAUUGUAAUAUUUCGUGUCAUAAAAAAAUAAAUGUAAGUAAUUAUUUGUAUAAAACAAUAAAUAUUUUUGUAAAUUGUUAA